UAGAAAAUCAUUAAAUGCAUCGUCAUGAAGAGGCGAUAACAUAUAUUCAUACGUUGCUGUUUACAGGUUGAUUAUAUAAUUUGAAUUGGAAACACCAAAGGAGAUUGUUUUUUUAAAAAAAAAGAAGAGAAUGAUUAAUAUACUGUAUCAUCAAUCCAUGUGUUUUGACAUAUUCUGGAGUGAUAUCUGAAAAAGUGGUAAUGCGACAUCCAUCUUGGAUAUUUUUUAUUUUAUAAUAUCACGAAAUUAUUUUUUUGUGACCCGACAAAAUCUUUGAAAACUGUAAAAAUUUCGUUACACAUUAUUUUUUUUUUUCGUUCUUUUUCCUUUUCUAUUUUAUUUUAUACUUAUUAAUUUAGAUAUGGUUUAUCAAACAAAUGAUCAAAAAGUAUCUUUGAAACAGAUUUUAGAACGUUCAAAACUACAAGCGUCGAAGAUUAGUCAACAAGAUCUACCUCCUAUUGAACGUGGCUUGGAACAAAUUGACUCCCAAACGAAGAAACUCUCUAGCAAAACGAUUCAGAAAGAUGACAAUGUGGAUAUUAGAGCACACUAUUUCUUAGCACAGAGUGGAGUGAAUACACAAGUUCUUAUGCGAGAGCUUGGUACGAUUCAUCUUGGUGUUCCAAUAGAACAACGACAACCUAUUCAAGAUACCGAUGUUGAUGGCUACUUUUAUCAAAGACGAACACAUACCAUUAUCGACUUGAUCCAAAGUGAAAAACAAGAGAUCAUUCGAGACUCAGAAACAGCAUUUGAACAAGAUCUCCAGUCAACUUGGGCAAAGGAUCAAACGACUAUUUAUCAAAGUAUCAUGCCAACAGAAAAACCUUCAGCAGCAAAUAUGGACAUUAGCAAACUCAAACUAGAUUUAUCCAAAGUGGUUGGUGCUGAUUUUUCAUCAACCGUAGUAGUUUAAUAUAUACAAUUAUUCCCAUACAAUAAAUAAAUAAGUAAAAUAAUAA